AUGGUCAUGAAGCCUGAGGUUGAACAAGAGCUAGCCCAUGUGCUGCUAACUGAGCUAUUAGCUUACCAAUUUGCCUCUCCAGUUAGAUGGAUUGAGACUCAAGAUGUGUUCUUGAAGGACUUUAACACAGAAAGAGUUGUGGAAAUCGGUCCAUCCCCCACUUUGGCCGGUAUGGCCCAGAGAACUAUCAAGAACAAGUACGAGUCUUACGAUGCGGCCUUGUCCUUACAAAGACAAGUCUUGUGCUAUUCUAAGGAUGCGAAGGAAAUCUACUAUACUCCUGAUCCUGCUGAUUUGGCUCCAAAAGAGGAGGAGGCUGCCCCAGCCGCAGAGACUGCCGCACCAGCCGCUGCUGUGGCUGCACCAGCCGCCGCCGCUGCUGCACCAGUCGCUGCACCAGCUGGUCCAGUUGCCGAAAUUGCUGACGAACCUGUCAAGGCUGCUUUGCUAUUGCACGUUCUUGUUGCUAACAAAUUGAAGAAGACUUUGGAUCAAGUGCCAAUGUCCAAGACCAUUAAGGAUUUGGUCGGCGGUAAAUCCACUGUGCAAAAUGAAAUUUUGGGUGAUCUAGGUAAGGAAUUCGGUAACACCCCAGAGAAACCAGAAGAAACACCUUUGGAAGAGUUGGCCGAGACUUUCCAAGACACAUUCUCUGGCUCUCUUGGUAAGCAAUCUUCCUCAUUAAUUUCAAGAUUGAUGUCCUCGAAGAUGCCUGGUGGUUUCACAAUCACAGUCGCCAGAAAGUAUUUGCAGACCCGUUGGGGUUUACCUGCUGGUAGGCAAGACUCCGUUCUACUGAUCGCUUUGACCAAUGAACCAGCUGCUCGUUUAGGUUCCGAGGCUGAUGCCAAACAAUUUUUGGACACUAUGGCUCAGAAAUACGCUUCUAUCAGUGGUAUCGACUUAUCCAGUGCUUCUGCUGGAUCUACUGGUGGUGCGGCUGGUGGUGCCGGUGGUGCUACCAUUGAUGCUGAAGCUUUCGAUGAGCUAACAAAGGAUCAAAAGAUCUUGGCUCGUCAACAGUUGGAAGUCUUGGCUCGCUACUUGAAGAUGGACUUGAGCAGCGGUGAGAAGAAAUUCUUGAAGGAAAAGUCAGCAGCUGAAGAAUUACAAGCUCAAUUAGAUUAUUUGACGGCUGAAUUGGGUGAGUAUUUUGUUCAAGGUAUUUCUACUUCGUUUUCUAGAAAGAAGGCUAGAGUGUUCGACUCCUCUUGGAACUGGGCCAGACAAUCUCUGCUGUCCUUGUAUUUCGAAAUUAUUCACGGUGUUCUUAAGAACGUUGAUAGAGAAUUGGUCACAGAGGCCAUUAACAUCAUGAACAGAUCUAACGAAUCUUUGAUUAAGUUCAUGGAAUACCACAUUUCCCACACCGAGGAAGAAAAGGGUGAGAAUUACAAGUUGGCCAAGUCUUUGGGUGAGCAACUAAUUGAAAACUGUAAACAAGUCUUGAACUUGGACCCAGUUUACAAGGACAUCACUAAACCAACAGGUCCUCAAACUGUUGUUGACAAGAAUGGUAACAUCAACUAUGCAGAAGUUCCUAGACCUGCUGUUAGAAAGCUAUCUCAAUACGUGGAAGAGAUGGCUCUAGGUGGCCCAUUGACAAAGAUCGAACAACCAACCAUUCAAGAAGACUUGACCCGUGUUUACAAGGCCAUCAAUGCUCAAGCUGCCGCACACAAUAUCUCCGACUCUACCAAAAUUCAAUUCGAGAAGCUCUAUGGUGAACUCUUGGAAUUCUUGGAAACAUCUCACGAAAUUGACGCUUCUGCUUCUACUAAGGUUGCGGGUGUCGUUGACGAUGCUCUAGACAAAGAUGCCACUAAGGAAGUUGCAUCAUUACCAAACAAGUCAGAGAUUUCCAGCACCGUUUCCUCUACUAUUCCAUCCGAAACCGUGCCAUUCUUGCACUUGAAAAAGAAACUACCAUGCGGCGACUGGGUUUACGAUCGCCAACUGUCUUCUUUGUUUUUGGACGGUUUGGAAAAAGCUGCCAUCAACGGUGUUACUUUCAAGAACAAAUGUGUUUUGAUCACCGGUGCUGGCCAAGGCUCCAUUGGUGCCGAAGUUCUACAAGGCUUGAUCCAAGGUGGUGCCAGGGUUGUUGUUACCACUUCUCGUUUCUCCAAGAAGGUUACUGACUACUAUCAGUCCAUUUACGCCAAAUAUGGUUCGAAGGGCUCCACUUUGGUUGUUGUGCCUUUCAACCAAGGUUCCAAACAAGAUGUCGAAGCUUUGGUUGAGUUCAUCUACGAUGAUGAAAAGAAUGGUGGCCUAGGCUGGGAUCUGGACGCUGUGAUUCCAUUUGCUGCUAUUCCAGAAAAUGGUAUCGAGCUAGAGAACAUCGACUCUAAGUCUGAAUUCGCUCACAGAAUCAUGUUGACCAACAUCUUGAGAAUGUUGGGUAACGUGAAGAAGCAAAAAUCUGCUAGAGGUAUCGAGACCAGACCUGCUCAAGUUAUCCUACCAUUGUCUCCUAACCAUGGUACUUUCGGUGGCGACGGUAUGUACUCUGAGUCCAAGCUUUCUUUGGAAACCUUGUUAAACAGAUGGCAUUCCGAAUCUUGGUCCAACCAAUUGACCGUUUGUGGUGCUAUUAUCGGUUGGACUAGAGGUACUGGUUUGAUGUCCGCCAAUAACAUCAUUGCAGAAGGUAUCGAAAAACUGGGCGUUCGUACCUUCUCCCAAAAGGAAAUGGCUUUCAACUUACUAGGUUUGUUGAUUCCAGAAGUCGUUCAACUGUGUCAAACUUCACCUGUGAUGGCCGAUUUGAACGGUGGUUUCCAAUUCUUGCCAGACUUGAAGGAGUUCACUGCUAAAUUGCGUCUAGACUUGAUGAACACAUCUGAAGUUAGAAAGGCAGUCUCUAUCGAGACUGCUUUGGAACACAAGGUUGUUAAUGGUGAGAACGCCGAUGCCGCUUACUCUAUGGCCGAAGUUCAACCAAGAGCUAACAUUCAAUUGGAUUUCCCAACGUUGAAGCCUUAUGAGCAACUCAAGAAAAUUGCUCCUGAAGAACUCAAGGGUAUGUUGGACUUGGAAAGAGUUAUCGUUGUUACUGGUUUCUCCGAGGUUGGUCCUUGGGGUUCUGCCAGAACCAGAUGGGAAAUGGAAGCUCAAGGUGAAUUCUCCUUGGAAGGUUGUGUUGAAAUGGCCUGGAUUAUGGGCUUGAUCAAAUAUCACAACGGUAAUUUGAAGGGUCGUCCAUACACCGGUUGGGUGGAUGCCAAGACCAAUGAACCAGUUGAUGACAAAGACAUCAAGAAGAAGUAUGAGUCUCAUAUCUUGGAGCACUGUGGUAUCAGAUUGAUCGAACCUGAGCUAUUCAACGGCUAUGAUCCAAAGCAAAAGCACAUGAUUCAAGAAGUUGUAAUCGAAGAAGAUUUGGAACCAUUUGAAGCUUCUAAAGAAACUGCUGAACAGUUCAAGUUGGAGCACGGUGAAAAGGUUGACAUCUUCGAGAUUCCUGAAUCUGGUGAAUACACAAUUAGACUAUUGAAGGGCGCUACUUUGUACAUUCCAAAGGCUUUGAGAUUCGACCGUUUGGUUGCAGGUCAAAUCCCUACCGGCUGGAACGCCAAGACCUACGGUAUCUCUGACGACACCAUUUCCCAAGUGGAUCCAAUUACCUUAUACGUUUUGGUUUCCGUUGUUGAGGCUUUUAUUGCCUCUGGUAUUACCGAUCCUUACGAAAUGUACAAAUACGUGCACGUUUCUGAAGUUGGUAACUGUUCUGGUUCCGGUAUGGGUGGUGUUUCUGCUCUACGUGGUAUGUUCAAAGACCGCUACAAGGAUCAACCAGUUCAAAACGAUAUUCUUCAAGAAUCUUUCAUUAACACAAUGUCUGCCUGGGUUAACAUGUUGUUGAUCUCUUCCUCCGGUCCAAUCAAGACCCCUGUUGGUGCUUGUGCUACUGCAGUUGAAUCUCUAGACACUGGUGUUGAAACCAUUUUGUCUGGUAAGGCGAAGAUCUGUAUUGUUGGUGGUUAUGAUGACUUCCAAGAAGAAGGUUCUUACGAGUUCGGUAACAUGAAUGCUACCUCCAAUUCCUUGGAAGAAUUUGAGCACGGUCGUACCCCAGCUGAAAUGUCUAGACCAACUACUACAACCCGUAACGGUUUCAUGGAAGCGCAAGGUGCUGGUAUUGAGGUGAUCAUGACUGCUGACUUGGCCUUGAAGAUGGGUGUUCCUAUCUACGGUAUCUUGGCCUUCACCGCCACUGCUACUGACAAGAUUGGUAGAUCUGUUCCAGCUCCAGGUAAGGGUAUCUUGACCACCGCCAGAGAGCACCAUGGUAACUUAAAAUUCCCAUCUCCAUUGUUGGACAUCAAGUACAGAAAGCGCCAAUUGAAGAACCGCGAAAAGCAAAUUAAGCAAUGGGUUGAAUCCGAAUUGGAAUUGCUACAAUACGAAGCCCAGGAAGUUGCCGAGGAGGACCAAUCCGCCUUUUACGCUGAGCGUACUGAAGAAAUUCAACGUGAGGCUUCCAGACAAUUCAAGUCUGCUCAAGCUCAAUGGGGUAACGAAUUCUACAAGAACGACCCACGUAUUUCUCCAUUGAGAGGUGCUCUUGCCGCUUAUGGCUUGACCAUCGAUGACUUGGAUGUUGCGUCGUUCCACGGUACAUCCACCAAGGCCAACGAUAAGAACGAAUCCGCUACCAUGGAUAAGAUGAUGAAGCAUCUAGGAAGAUCCCCAGGUAACCCAGUUAUCGGUGUGUUCCAGAAAUACCUCACUGGUCAUCCUAAGGGUGCUGCCGGUGCCUGGAUGAUGAACGGUGCUUUGCAAAUCUUGAACUCUGGUAUCGUCCCCGGUAACCGUAAUGCCGACAAUGUCGACAAGAUCUUGGAGCAAUUCGACUACAUUUUGUUCCCAUCGAAGAGUAUCAAGACCGAUGGUAUCAAGGCUGUCUCUGUUACUUCCUUUGGUUUCGGUCAAAAGGGUGCCCAAGCUAUUGCAAUUCACCCAGACUACUUGUACGCUGCCGUGGAUCAAUCCACCUACCGUGCUUACGUGGAGAAGGUGACCGCCAGAGAAAAGGCUGCCUACAAGUACUUCCACAACGGUAUGAUUCACAACACCUUGUUCGUUGCUAAGGAGCACGCGCCAUACGCCGACGAACUUGAACAACCAGUGUACUUGGAUCCUUUGGCACGUGUUGCUGCUGAUGGCAAGACCGGUGCUCUUGUUUUCGACAAGAAGGCGCUAUCUCAGCCUUCGUCGUUUGUUUCCGAUGCCAACGCCAAGACCGCUGAAGUGGUCAGCCAAUUGGCCCAGCAGACUGCAGCUGGUAACGUUGGUGUUGGUGUGGACGUGGAGUUGAUCGAGGCCAUCAACGUUGAAAAUGACACUUUCAUCGAGCGCAACUUCACUGCAGACGAAAUCGCCUACUGUUCCAGCCAACCAAGCGCACAGAGCUCUUACGCCGGAACUUGGUCAGCCAAAGAGGCUGUGUUCAAGUCGUUGGGCGUGAAAUCCCAAGGCGGCGGAGCCGCUUUGAAGGAGAUCGAGAUCGUUCGCGACGGCGCGGGCUCCGCUCCUCGUGUUGUGUUGCACGGCGCUGCCGCUGAGGCCGCAUCCGCUGCUGGUGUUAAGAAUGUGAAGGUUUCCAUCUCACACGACGAUUUCCAAUCGGUCGCUGUAGCCGUUUCUGAAAAAUGA